AUGACCGACCACGGCCAAUCUACGCAGUCUGGCCGCAACAUGGGCGCCCAAUCCGCGUCCCAAGAUUUGCAAAGUCUCGACAGCUGGCUCACCGAUCGCAUCGUUACCAUUACUGUUGGACCGGAGGAGAAGCGCUGGGUUGUGCACGAGAAGCUUCUCGUCAGCCAGUCUGACUUCUUCAGGAACUACUUCUCGGAGGGCCACGACGAGAUGAAGCUGCCGGACGACGAACCCCGACUCUUUGCUCUCUUCAUCCGCUGGCUGUACGGCACCGCCUUCCUGCCCUCGGGCGGAACCCGCAACUUCCGCUUCCUCCCCCCGGAUGGCGUCUCCGUGAGCGUCCGCGACUACCUCGGCGUCUACGUGCUAGGCGGCAAGUUCGGCAUCGUAGGCGUGCGGAACGCGGUGCUGGACGUGUUGUACGCCUACUACGGCGAAGGGUCGGGGGCGGACGAGCACCGGUCGCCCGACAUGCACGACAUCACGUACAUCUUUGAGCACACGACGCACGACGCGCCCAUGCGGCGCUUCCUCAUCGCCCAUGCGCUCUUCUACCUCUUCAGCCGCGGCCGCCGCGGCGCGCCCCUGCCGCUCGACUGGGAGCAGGUCCUCAGCCGGUCCGCCGAGGUCGGCUACGAGAUGAUCAAGAUGCUCGGCGAGUGGAACUGGGUCAUGGGCGCCAACGCCCCGCGCAUGACCAUCAAGGCCCGCACCGAGUUCCACGAGCGCGCCCCCCUGCCCGAGGUUGUCAAGCAGGAGGCGGACGACGAGGAGGAGGCCUCGCCGAUCUGA